CUGUAUAUAUCUAUGUAGGUUAAUUGAAAAACGUUUUUUUAUCACGUUUUAUUUUGAAAUGUGAAAGCGGAAGUAUUAUAUUUGAACUGUAUCUCGCUUGACGCUGGUGAAUAAUGUGUUCGCUACAUUGCGUUGCACAGAUGCUAUGCGUGCUGUGUGGAUCCAGCCAUCUCCAUCCUCUGUACAGCAGCAGCGUCCCGUUCACAGCCCAGAAACAGCACCGCCCGGCGGGAACCUGCUGACGAAGCACCGCCCGGCUCAGCUAGCCCGCCCGGCGCAUGGACGCUCCAGCACAAUGGCAGAGGAUUUGGGGAUGCCUCUGUCGUACACCAACAACAGGUCGCAUGGAUAAUCCCUCCACAAAAACCCUCCCGCAUCGUUUCGUUUUUGGGAUGAUUAGAGCGCCGCUGUCGGCUUGAUGUGACAGGAGAGCCGUGCGGGAGCGGGGCGUCUUGUCCCGGCUGUCGACUGAAAGCAACGACGGCGUGGAGCAGGUGUAGUGUGGCUGGGGGGCUCAGCAGGAUGGAAAUAGAUGCCCGUUUCCGCUACUAUUUCCAGCACCCGUGGUCGCGUCUCAUCGUGGCCUACCUGGUCACCUUCUUUAACUUCCUCAUCUUUGCGGAAGACCCCAUCUCUCACAGUCAGACAGAGGCCCAUAUGAUUGUGGUGGGCAACUGCUUCUCCUUCCUGUUCAACAAGUACCCGGGCCUCGAAUGGAACGCCCUGAAAGUAAUAUGCUGGAUACUGGCCAUUAUCACCGGCAUGUUAGCUGGGAAGUUUAUAUUCCACCGCCAGCUCUUUGGUCGAUACCUGCGCCUGAAAGUGUUCCGCGAGGAUCAUGGCUCCUGGAUGACCAUGUUCUUCAGCGCCAUCCUCUUCCUCUUCAUCUUCUCACACAUCUACAACAUUUUCCUGCUGAUGGCUGGAAGCAUGGAGCCUCACUUGGUGACAGAUUACAUGGGCAUCAGGAAUGAGAGCUUUAUGAAGAUUGCUGCCGUGGGGACGUGGAUGGGAGACUUUGUCACAGCGUGGAUGGUGACAGAUAUGAUGCUCCAGGAUCAGCACUACCCAGACUGGGGCAAAGCAGCCAGAAGGUUCUGGAAACAAGGCAACAACCGGAUUGUUCUUUUCUGGACUGUGCUCAUCACUCUGACCUCGGUGGUGGUUCUGGUCAUCAGUACGGACUGGAUCAGCUGGGACAACCUGAACCGCGGCUUCCUGCCCAGCGACGAGGUCUCCAGGGCCUUCCUGGCCUCCUUCAUCUUGGUUUUCGACCUUCUCAUUGUCAUGCAGGACUGGGAGUUCCCGCACUUCAUGGGUGACCUGGAUAUGAAUCUUCCAGGAAUGUCAACUACGCAUGUGAAGGUCAAGCUUCCUCUCUGCAAGAGUAUCUUUAAAGAGGAGUACCACAUCCAUAUCACAGGUAAGUGGUUCAACUACGGUAUCAUCUUCCUCGUGCUGAUCCUGGACCUGAACAUGUGGAAGAACCAGAUCUUCUACCAGCCCUACGAGUACGGUCAGUAUGUGGGCCCCGGUGAGAAGAUCUUCACGGUGGAGGAACCAGAGACUCUCCAGUUCUUCAACCGGAGCACUCUCACCUACGAGUGGCGCUCCACCAACAUCAAUCCCGACAGCAACCUAACCUACGUGGAGCGGGACAUGUUCCUCCACAGCCGCUGGACCGGAUCCGGCCUGUACAUCAAGUGCCUGGCCUUCAUCCCCAGCCUGGCUGCGUUCUUCCUCUUCGGGUUCUUCGUUUGGUGGUUCGGGCGAUUUCAGGACAGCGAGACGUUCCCGGAAAACCCGGACAAGUCGUACGAGAGGAUAAAGAGGAAGUCGCCGUCAGAGUACAGCAAAGAGAUGGGCGUGACGCCAGAAGAGGUGCCCAUGAACAUGAGUGACAGUCUGAAACGAAUUGGAACGCCAAUGCUUCUCUCGGUGGACGGGCAACAUUUCGGAGCGACGCCCUCUACGAACUCAACUAUCUCCAUGGAGACCCAGGAGACACAUCCGAGCAUCGUGAUUGACAGCGCGGAGCAGGAGGAACCAGCGGUCUCUUUCGAUGUCCACAAACUCUCUCCGUGACCUCAUGAACUCCUGAAACUUCAUUUAUAAAUGAGAGCUCAAGAUUCAGUCGGUCAACAUCUUAAGACGUCUCUUGUUCCUUGGACAAAGACCAAGCUUCAGCAGAAGUUGACAAAAAACUGUUCAUGGUUUGGAAAAUAUGGACAAAGUGAUGUUCCAUGAUCACAAAGGCCAGUCCUGAUGGCUGUAUUUGUUUGAAUAUAUUUUUCUAAAUCUAUUUUUUAAACAGCACCGAGUCUGAUAACAAACACAGAAUGCAAAACUUUUAAUUGACAUGGUGCUCGCUCGGGUUUUGCAUUUUCAUAAUUCAAUUUUGUCACGGGGAAGCCAUUGUGGUGCCUAUAUACCAGAGGAGUAUUUAUACAGUCAUGACAUUGCAGCCAGGUGGAGUUUAUCGUAUUACACCGAUGUUACAGCUACACUAGUGCCUUGAUAUUUCAUAUAUAACCAGAUACAGACUGAAACGUAUUCAGUCUAUGCUACUAUAGGCAACAAAAUGGAAGAUGUCCAAGUUACAGUAUGCUUUAACAUCUUAUUUAUGUAUCACCCGGACAAUUGUUACCUUAUUUUAUCCUAAGGCUUUAUCAUUUUAAUUUAUUAUCAUGUGACGUCAAUCGUCCACUUCUUGUUAAAUGACAUGAUUAUGAACAUUGAUGACCUACAUUACGUUACAUGUUACUUGUUAGAUGCUUUUAUCCAAAGCAACUUACAUAUUCAAUCCCCACAGGAGCAAUUUGGGGUGAAGUGUCUUGCCCAGGGACACAACGACAUGCUGACUGCAGUGGGGUUUGAACCUGCGACCCCCUGGUGCGAACACAUGCGCACAACCCACUGCGUCAAACAUUCAUAUCCUCUCACUUGAUAUUAGUUACUGAGAUAUUAAAUGCAAUCAGCUAGGAUCAAAUAGCUAACCAACAAUCCACCUCAUGAUUGCUCGUGUGGCCGCUGCAUCUGGACUGAAUACCAACACAGUCAGAAGGGUGGUUUUGCCCUCGGCAUAAACACGCCAUUGAAGUGCAGAGGAGGCUUCUGCUCCAAAGCUCAGGAUUUCUUUAUCUCUAGAUAAACCUUAAAAGGUUUAGAAGCAGUAUUUUCAGACAUGGUAAAUGCAUGAAGACUUAUUUAUUUAUUUAUACAUUAUCCUAGUGUUAAAAAAAUAUAUAUAUGAUGUUCAAACGCAACUGAAACCUUCAGCAUUUAUCUGGCUUGAAAAAUAUUCACUGCCUUUCCACAUAUUCUCCUAUGCUACCAAAUCUCAUAUACAGUAUAUUGGCAGUUAUUGGUCCAAAAAGCAUGCCCUUCAGUUUUUUCUGUGAAGUGCAAAUACUAACUCAAUUACCAAAUUACUAACUAAUGUUUUUUUAGGUGUGGCACUUUCAAUAAGUAAAAGUAAUUUGACCAAAGAUACAACAUGUUUAAGUGUUCUCAACAAAUAAUGCUGCAUAAGAUGAUAUGCUAAUUUAAAGGAGCUAUAUUCAUGAUAGACAGAGUGGAAUGAUAUUAUGUGUUGUUGCACCACUCUGCAUUAUAAUGGACUGUAAUGUACUAUAAUGUCCUGGAAAAGGAUUCCCCAAAAACAGGGAAAUAUCAAACACUAACCCCAUCUUUUGCUUCCUAACACAGUUGUGACAGAGUUUUGUUCAAACAUUAUUAUAAGUAAUGAGCCUGGGGUGUGCCGCCAGAAGUUACAGAGUCCUGCAUAAUUUCACUUUAAUCAUUAAUGACUCCAUUUUCCUUUUCUGUCUUUACAUGAUACAGUAUCUGCCUAUCAUGAUGCAUCUUACUUUUAAUGUGUCUGCUUCUUUCCAUUUAAAGUUUUCAUUUCGCAGUUGCUCAAAUUCAAAGACAUGUUUAUGUUAUUUUGAGAUGUGUUCUUAU